CUUGCUAGGCCGCUCACGAGGUUCUUCCUUUCUCAGACACCACCUUUUCCGUGUGCGACUCUGUGGCCUGGAUGGACUGGUGAAUUCUGUCAAAAUUCACAAAACUUCGGCGAUUUGAUUUGUACAAGAAAACCACCAAAAUGCCGGCGUAUUUUCAGCGCCCAGAGAAUGCUCUCAAACGAGCAAAUGAGUUUCUGGAAGUUGGCAAGAAACAACCAGCCUUGGAUGUUCUGUACGAUGUCAUCAAGAGCAAGAAGCAUCGAACAUGGCAGAAGAUCCACGAGCCCAUUAUGCUCAAAUACUUGGAGCUUUGCGUGGAUCUUCGCAAGAGCCACCUGGCAAAGGAAGGCCUCUACCAGUACAAGAACAUUUGCCAGCAGGUGAACAUCAAAUCUCUAGAGGAUGUGGUUAGGGCCUACUUGAAGCUGGCGGAAGACAAGACUGAAACCGCCAAAGAGGAAUCACAGCAGAUGGUCCUGGACAUUGAGGAUCUGGACAACAUCCAGACUCCAGAGAGUGUGCUCCUGAGCGCUGUGAGUGGAGAGGACACACAGGAUCGUACUGAUCGCCUGCUGCUCACUCCCUGGGUGAAAUUUUUAUGGGAGUCUUACCGUCAGUGCCUGGACCUGCUUCGGAACAACUCCAAGGUGGAGCGCCUUUACCAUGACAUUGCCCAGCAAGCAUUCAAGUUCUGCCUUCAGUACACCCGGAAAGCAGAGUUUCGCAAGUUGUGUGACAACCUGCGAAUGCAUCUGGGCCAGAUCCAGCGACACCACAACCAGAGCACUGCCAUCAACCUGAACAACCCCGAGAGUCAGUCUAUGCACCUGGAGACACGUUUGGUGCAGCUUGACAGUGCCAUAAGCAUGGAGCUCUGGCAGGAAGCGUUCAAGGCAGUGGAGGACAUCCAUGGUUUGUUUGCUCUUUCCAAGAAGCCACCAAAGCCUCAGCUUAUGGCCAACUACUACAACAAGGUGUCUACUGUGUUUUGGAAAUCUGGAAAUGCUCUUUUCCAUGCUGGAACCCUCCAUCGACUUUAUCAUCUUUCCAGAGAGAUGCGCAAGAAUCUCACUCAAGAGGAAAUGCAAAGGAUGUCCACUAGAGUCCUUCUGGCUACUCUGUCCAUUCCCAUCACCCCUGAGCGCACAGAUAUUGCUCGACUUCUAGAUAUGGAUGGUAUCAUUGUGGAAAAACACCGCCGGCUGGCAACCCUACUGGGCCUCCAGGCUCCACCAACCCGCCAAAGUCUGAUCAAUGACAUGGUGAGAUUUAACUUGUUGCAGUAUGUAGUGCCCGAAGUGAAAGAACUUCACAACUGGCUUGAAGUUGACUUCCAUCCCUUGAAGCUCAGUGGAAGAGUGACCAAGGUGCUGAAUUGGGUGAGAGAUCAGGGUGAGAAGGAGGCUGAGCUCCAGCAGUAUGUCCCGCACCUGCAAAAUAACACCAUCUUGCGUCUCCUGCAACAAGUCGCACAGAUCUAUCAGAGUAUUGAGUUCAGUCGUCUGGCCUCUCUUGUUCCUUUCGUGGAUGCUUUCCAGCUGGAACGCUCUAUUGUGGACGCUGCAAGGCACUGCGAUCUGCAGGUCCGAAUCGAUCACACCUCUCGAACUUUAAGUUUCGGAUCUGACCUGAAUUAUUCGACAAAGGAGGAUGCUCCAGUUGGGCCCUUCCUACAAAACAUGCCCUCUGAGCAAAUAAGGAACCAGCUGACUGCUAUGUCUGCCUCUUUGGCUAAGGCCCUGCAGGUCAUCAAACCUGUCUCCACGCUGCAAGAGCGCGAGGAGCAGAGCCAGCAGGCCAUAGCAGCUUAUUUGAAAAAUGCCCGCAAAGACCAUCAGCGCAUCCUGGCUCGCAGACAAACCAUUGAAGAGCGUAAGGAGCGUCUGGAGAGCUUGAACGUUCAGCGUGAGAAGGAGGAACUUGAGCAGCGUGAGGCAGAGAUGCAGAAGGUCCGCAAGGCGGAGGAGGAGCGCUUGCUCCAGGAGGCUAAAGAGAGGGAGAAGGAGCGCAUUAUGCAAGAGCAUGAGCAGAUCAAGAAGAAGACGGUGCGUGAACGCCUUGAGCAAAUUAAGAAGACUGAGCUGGGAGCCAAGGCCUUCAAAGAUAUUGACAUUGAGAACCUGGAGGAGCUGGAUCCUGACUUCAUCAUGGCUAAGCAGGUGGAGCAGCUAGAGAAGGAGAAGAAAGAACUUCAAGAGCGUCUGAAGAACCAGGAGAAGAAGAUUGACUACUUUGAGAGGGCAAAACGACUUGAGGAAAUUCCUCUUAUCAAAAAGGCCUAUGAGGAGCAGCGGGUCAAGGACAUGGAACUGUGGGAGCUCCAGGAAGAGGAGAGGAUCAGUAACAUGAAAGUGGAGCGGGAGAAGGCUCUGGAGCACAAGAAGCGCAUGUCCCGCAUGAUGGAGGAUAAGGAGAACUUUCUGUCCAAUAUAACAGCUGCUCGUAGUUUUAUUUAUGAGGAGAAACUGAAGGCAUUCCAGGAGCGCUUGGUGGAAGAGAGGAAAAAUCGUCUGGAGGAAAGGAAGAGGCAGCGUAAAGAGGACAGACGUAAGGCUUACUACCUCCAGAAAGAGGAAGAAGCACAGCGUAUUCAUGAGGAACAACUCAAAAAAGAGCGUGAGGAGCGGGAACGUCUUGAACAGGAGCAGCGAGAGGAGGAGGAGCGGGAGUACCAGGAGCGCCUACGCAAGCUCGAAGAGCAGGAGCGAAAACAACGUGCUCGUCAGCAGGAGAUUGAAGAGCGUGAACGCCGUCGUGAAGAGGAGCGACGCAGUGUCCCAGAGGAGAAAGCCAAGGACUGGGGUGAAAAGGAGGAGGGAGGAUGGCGGAAGCGCACUGAGCCAGAAUCAGAAUGGCGCCGUCCUGUGCCCGACAGGGACUGGAGACAAGAAGGUCGCAAUGACGACAAGGAGGACAGAGAGAUGCCCUACCGACGAGGCGAGGGUCUGCGCAGAGGUGGAGAUGAUAGAGGACCUCGUAGAGGUUUCGAUGAUGAUCGAGGCCCCAGGCGCGGCUUUGAUGAUGAUCGAGGCCCCAGGCGCGGCUUUGAUGAUGAUCGAGGCCCCAGGCGCGGCUUUGAUGACGACAGGGGUCCGCGUCGCGGCAUGGAUGACGACAGGGGUCCGCGUCGCGGCAUGGAUGACGACAGGGGUCCGCGUCGCGGCAUGGAUGACGACAGGGGUCCGCGUCGCGGCAUGGAUGACGACAGGGGCCCCAGACGUGAUGAUGACUGGGGACCCAGACGAGGAGGAGAUGACGGCCCACGUCGUGGUGUUGAUGACUCCAAACCCUGGAAACCGCUCAGUCGACCAGGUGGUUGGCGUGAGCGGGAGAAGGCUAGGGAGGAAAGCUGGGGUCCUCCUCGCAGUGGUAACCAUGAUGGUCGAGAUGACGAUGACAGAGAGGAGCGACCCAGCGACCGCUUCAGAGAUCGUCCCAGAGAUGAGAAUACAUGGAGGAGAUCAGAAGAAGGGGGCAGUUGGAGAGAUUCUCGCAGAGAUGAUGUUGAUCGCGAUGACCGCCGUGACGAUCGCGAUGAUCGUCGUGACCGAGACGACCGUCGCGACGAACGCCGACGUGAUAGAGACCGCCGUGAUGAUGUUCAGCAGAGAGGCCCACCAAGAGAUCAAAAUGAUGGAGGCACCUGGCGUCGUGGAGGUGACGACAGACGUGAGGUAAGGGAACAGCCCAGGGAGCGAGAGCGGGAGCGUGACCGAGAGGCUGAAGGAGAGAAGAGUUGGCGUUCAGACAAAGAUAACGCUCGUCGCACGAAGAACGAGAUCGAUGAUGAUGGUUGGACCACUGUACGCCGCUGAGUUCCGGCAUCCCCAAAUUCACUUCAAUAAAUAUUUAAUUGAUAUUGUUUCAAUGGCAAAAUAACCUUCAAUAUCUCACCCUCAUUUAGCUAAGGACAAGCUUCUGAUACGCUCUGUGUAUUACUUUUGGAAUUUAAUGUUUCUCUCUUCUCUGGGGCUGUUUUUUUUAAUACUUGUAGACUUUAAGCAGUUGUAAGCAUUGUAAGCCCUUGUAGACAUGGCUGCCCUCCGGGUGGCUCGGAGUGGUACUAUUAAAAAAAAAUGUAUAUAUAUACACAGAAAAACUAUCUAGCCUCACACCGAUAUAUCAACCUCAGCUUUCCACGCAAACUCAGUGAAUCACCAACUGCCUCUUAAUAUAGAUGUUACAUGACGGAACUACACAAAUGCUAUUUGCUUCAGCUUCCCAUUAGUGUGUCAGAUGCUUCCUCUUGUUAAAUGAGUGAAAUAUCAAUUUUGAAGUGCAUGCUUAAGAGUAUUAAAUUUGUGUCAUCUGAUACAGUUUGUGCUUCUAUCUCACUGCAUUCAAUAGUAUCACACUAUCUUGCAUGUGAAUUGAUAAAAGCCCUUAUUAAAAAUGUUUGCUCUCCAACA